UUCGCACCGCCAUCGCAGCGGCGACAGGACUACAUUUCCCAGAGGCCGGGGGCGCGGAAUGGCGGUGGCUGGUGGCGCUGGGGAGUCGUGAGAGGCGACUCGGGCUCCGACGCUGACACCGGCGCCAGGGCCAGGAGCAGGAUGUAUACACUGCUGUCAGGGCUCUAUAAAUACAUGUUCCAGAGGGAUGAGUACUGUGUCCUGAUCCUGGGUUUGGACAAUGCUGGUAAAACUACCUUCCUUGAACAAACUAAAACCCGAUUUAACAAGAACUACAAAGGGAUGAGUUUGUCCAAAAUCACAACCACUGUAGGCUUAAACAUUGGAACUAUUGAUGUUGGCAAAACUCGGCUCAUGUUCUGGGACCUUGGUGGGCAGGAGGAGCUGCAGUCACUUUGGGACAAGUACUAUGCUGAAUCUCAUGGGGUGAUCUAUGUUAUUGACUCCACUGAUGAGGAGAGGCUCUCCGAGUCCAAAAGAGCUUUUGAGAAGAUGAUUACCAGUGAAGCUCUGGAAGGGGUUCCCAUUCUGGUGUUGGCCAACAAGCAGGAUGUAGAGCCCUUUUUCAGUGCCAUGAAUGAGCUUCCUACAGGCACAAAAUUUUGGAGCCUUUAUGUAAACAGAACAAACUGCAUAGCUAUGACUUGUCUGUCAAUACCCGAUAUCAAGACAGCAUUUAGUGACUGCAUUAACAAAAUUGGGAAGAGAGACUGCCUGACACAAGCCUGCUCAGCCCUUACUGGCAAAGGGGUGAAUGAAGGGAUUGAGUGGAUGGUGAAGUGUGUGGUGAGGAACAUCCACCGCCCCCCAAGGAAGAAGGACAUCACGUAGGAGCUGCGAGCCAGCCAAGCAAUGGACAAUCUCUUUCCACACACUUCUGUGUUCCCUUUAAAGAAGGUGAUCCGCUGGAUUCCUAUUACACCUGAUUCUUUCCUAAGGUUGGAGACAAAUAUUCUCUUUCUGUGUCUAAAAAAAAAACUUGAGCCAAGGAUUCCAACUGGGUGGGGGGUGGGAAUCUCUUACACUAAGUAUUGUCAUUGGCCUCUGAGCAUCCUAUGUAGCAAUCUACACAUUGUUGCCAAUGCAAAAGACUUAAUUUUUCUGCAAUCUUACUUUGUGAUUCCUGAUUUGUGAGUCUAACAGGCUGGAGGCUGCUGACAUGAAGGAACUCCUGAAGGAAAUGCAUAGGUGAAUGUUGAAGGGAGGGAACAGCCUGGGGAAUGGCUGUUCCUGCUAACUGCCAAGAUCCUUGCUGCUCCAGCCCCAUGUUCCUGCAGGGUGUUACUGGCCCUGUUAUGCUGCUGUUUGUGUAGUGGGGAGAGACAGCAUUGAUUAGAACUUGAUUUUCACUCGGGGUGUUGGUUCAAAACUUUGACCUGUGGUAAAAGCAGAUGUGGAAAUCAGCAACUGCACGGUGGUCAUUGGAUCAUGGAAUUGUUAAUGCUGGAAAAGACCUCAUCCAAUCCAGCUGUGCUGGUUGAAAUGGAUAUUCCUACCAGGACACCGAUUCCAAAGCACUGCCUUGCUCUGACUGCCAGUCUCUAUGAGCAUUCUCUUUAAUCCUAAGAGUAAUUGAGAUCUUCUGUAACUGGAGUGAAUCAAGGCCCUCCCUGUGAUCUUUCUAAGCUGAAAACAACUUCUAGGCAGGAAAAAAUCAGUAUGCAAUAAAGCUUCCUACUUAUUUGAA